UUUGGGUGUGUCGCACUGAGAGUGGGAGGGACACUUCAAGUUUCAGGAAGAGAGCAGCACCUGCUGCUGUGGGAUAAAAAGCAAAGUUCAUGAAGUGAAGGACUGCACUGCUCCACGUCAGAGGGAAACAUGCAGAGCUCAAGCUCUCCGGGAGUCAGCCGUGCCCUCUCUGAGGACCAGUUCAGCUGCUCCAUCUGUCUGGAGGUGUUCGUGGAGCCCAUCACCACACCAUGUGGCCACAGCUUCUGCAAGGCCUGCCUGCAGGGCUACUGGAACCACAGCAAGAAGUUCCUCUGCCCCAUGUGCAAGAAGGGCUACUCCAGAAGACCCGAGAUGAGCGUCAACAGGGUCCUGGCUGAAAUCUCGUCCCAGUUCCAGGGGCUGAUGCUGGCCGGAGGUGCUGGUGGGGCCGGGGGGUCCUCGCGGGGAUCCACACUGAAUCUGAGCUCAGAUAUGAGCCACGGCAGCACCGACAGCGGGGAGUUUGCCCGGGCUGGGGAGGUUCCCUGCGAUGCCUGCAUCGGAAGGAAGGUUAAGGCUCUCAAGUCUUGUGUGAACUGUCCCGGAUCAUUCUGCGAGGUCCACCUCAGACAUCAUAAAAAGGUGAAGUCUUUGACAUCUCAUCGUCUGAUCGAACCCACUUUCCACCUGGAGGAGAAGAUCUGUAAGAAACACGAACGUCUCCUGGAGAUCUACUGCCGCACGGACCACACCUGCAUCUGCACGACCUGCGUCGAGGCCACGCACAAGACCCACGACAUGGUCUCCGCAGACCACGAGUGGAAGAAGAAGAUGAGUAAUCUGGGUAAGAAGAGGUCGGAGCUCAAACAUUUGAUCAAGGAGAGAACCAAGAAACUGGACGAGAUCAAACAAUCCAUCAAGGUCAUCAAGGCCAGCUCUCAGAAGGAGUUGGAGGAGAGCUGGCAAGUGUAUGCGGAGCUGCAGCGCAUGGUGGAGCAGAGUCAGGCGGAGUUGGUGGAGCUGAUCGCCAAGAGGCAACGUGAGGCCGAACGUCACGCUCUGGAACUGGCCCGAGGUUUGGAGAACGAACUCAGCCAACUGAGGAGCAGGAGCAACGAGCUGGAGGCCUACGCACAGACCCCGGACAAAGUGGUCUUCCUUCAGAACCUGGCGACGCUGACGCCCCUACCCGAGCCCACCGAUUGGUCGGCGGUCAGCAUCAACACUGACCUCUACCUGGGAACCAUCCGCUCCUCCGUCAGCAGCCUCAUAGACAAGUUCCACGAGGAGCUUAAGAGACUGUACAGCAAAGAGCUCCGGAAGGUGCAGAAUUAUUCAAGUGAGGUCAUUUUGGACCCUGCCACGGCCCAGAGGAACCUGAUUGUGUCCGAUGACGGCCGCCAGGUGAGAUAUGAAGAGCGUAAAACCGCCCACACUGAGAGUCUCAAACGCUUCAGCCCUGCCCUCUUCGUCCUUGGGCGAGAAGGUCUCAGUUUCGGGCGACACUACUGGGAGGUGGACAUGGGGCGCAAGACGUCCUGGACGCUUGGCAUGGCCAGCGCCUCAGCCCGUCGCAAGGGUGAGAUCAAGCUGAAUCCUGAGGGGGGAUACUGGUGCCUGUGGCUAAAGAAUGCAGAGGUGAAGGCUUUGGCAUCGUCCCGCCUGCCUCUACUGCUGUCGACCCAACCGAAUAAAGUGGGGAUCUUCUUGGAUUAUGAAGGAGGCCAGAUUACUUUCUACGAUGUGAAGGCGCGUCUGCAUCUCUACACCUUCGUCGAUACCUUCAGCGAGAGUCUGUACCCAAUCUUCAGCCCCUGUCUCAACAAGGAGGGGAAGAACUCCUCACCUCUCAUUAUAACCUCUGUUAAACACUCCUGAUAGUCAAGUCAACAGAAAAUCAGCUUUUGUAACAUCUUUAGGUCAAAAACAGUGUGGCGCAUAGUGCCGAUACAUAUUUUUCAUACAUUUGCCCUUUUAUUUUUGUCUUAAGAUAUGAUUUGACAACAUGAAGACAGUUUUACUUGUUUGCAAAGCACUUUCUCUCAAACAACUUUCAAUAUAAUGAAAUAAAAACAAAGCAAGUCAUUGUGCGUAUCAAAACUGCCCACUGCAACAACUUUCUCAUCAUAUGGGCACAUUAUUGCAUUUACUCAAGUAGAAUCAGGCUCAACACAGAUCCUAUAAAGACACUGAGCCACAGUUUCAAAACAAACAAACUGUGUUGCCAGUGUGUGUUGGGAUCAGAGGAAACAAAAAUGUAGAUGGUAUUUUAUUGACGGACUACAUAUUACAGAGAAGUGUAUUUACAAUUUGGUUAAUCAAAAGCAUCCAAUAGUUCCUUCAUGCUGUAUACUCUUAUCUCAGAUUGUACAUAAAUAAACAGAUAUAUUGGUGUAAAAACAUGUGGAGGACGAGAGUGGUUUAGCAGACGUACAGUUAGAGGUUUAGGCUGGGGGGCCAGAUGAGAAACUUUUGUACAUACUGUAGGACUAUGACAUCGUUUGCAAUGGGCAUUUAUUUUAUAUGCAUGUUGAUCCAGGAAUGUUUCAAGGACCUUGAAACAAUGUUCUGUAUUUCUAUAUCAGAUGUUUGCUUUUGUACCUUCUUUCCGAACAUGUUUAUUAAAGAUGAUCAAUCACAAA